AUGAUACCCGGAGGCUUAACUGAAGCCAAACCUGCCACUCCAGAAGUCCAACAAAUUGCUAAUGAGGUUAAAUCACAGCUUGAAGAAAAAACAAAUGAGAGUUAUGAAGAAUUUGAAGCUAUAGAAUACAAAACUCAAGUGGUUGCUGGGAUUUUUUACUACAUUAAGAUUCGAACUGGUGAAGAUACUUAUAUCCACAUCAAAGUACUCCGAAGUCUUCCUCAUGAAAACCAACCUUUGAAACUCAGUGGUUACCAGACUGACAAAUGCAAGGAUGAUGAGAUAACAGGCUUUUAG